GCUUUGCAUUUCUUGUUUUGUGUUUUCUGAUCGGCCCAGAUGGAGAAAGUGUAGAUAUGUUUGCGUUUGAGUGAAAUUUAAGUUCUUUAAGUUUUAUGUUGCGUGGACUUGUUGAAUUUUGAGAUUUUGGUUGGUCUGGAUGAUGGGUUUUUCCUUUUCUUUUGUUUUAAGCUGAGGUUGAUACUGUAAAGUUCGUUUCUUUUCUUUGGUAUAGCUCUGUGUUAAGAUUGUCAUAUUUGUUUAUGAUUUUUUCAUUUUUAAUUUGCAAAAGCUUCUAUUUUUAGUUCGUGUUUUUUUUUUCUUUUUUCCCCGGUGGAAGUGCUUGAUGCUCUUGUGAAUUUCGCCACCCUCUUUUUACUGAUUAUUACUAAAUUACUGGUCUUGAAUUCAAUUUUUAUGAUUUAUAGAUUUUCCAAUUUGAGAGAGAUUCAUUAAUAGGAGUUAGGAGGAUUCUAUAAAAUUUAAAGGAGAAUUGUAGAAGAUAAAAGAUAUUUAAUUGGCCUUUUUUCUUUCAGCUUGCAUAAAGUUUAAAUCUUAUUAGUUUUAGAGAAAAUGAAAUUUUCAGAUUCAUGAUUAGAGAAAGAAGAAAAAAUUCCGAGAAGCCAUUGAGUGAUCUUGCUGGGGUAAAAGAGAUGGUUGCUGAAACGUGGUUUCGUGGUCUGUGGAAGAUUUCACAGAAGCAUGAACCCGGUCCUCAGAAGGCAGUUGUUGGAGUUUUGGCCUUUGAAGUUACAAGCUUGAUGUCAAAGCUGGUUCAUCUUUGGCAGUCUUUGAGUGAUAAGCAGGUUACUAGGUUGAGAGAAGAGAUCGCAAACUCUGAGGGUAUUAAAAAGCUUAUAGCUGAGGAUGAUGAUUUCAUUGGUCGUUUGAUUUGUUUAGAGAUGAUGGAAAGUAUGGUACAUGUUGCAAAACCUGUGGCCAGACUAGGUAAUAAAUGUAGUGAUCCUAGUUUGAAGGGCUUUGAGCAUCUUUUUGAUGAAAUGAUCAAGAUUCAUGCUGACCCAUAUGCGUGGGGAUUUACUUGGAAGAAGAUGGACAAGAAAGUUAAAAAGAUGGAGCGUUUUAUUUCAGUUAAUGCUACUUUGUCUCAAGAGAUUGAAAUGCUUGCUGAUCUCGAACAGACUGUGAGGAGAAUGAAGAGCAGCAAUCCUCAGCCAGAUAAUUUACAUGACUAUCAGAAGAAGCUUGUAUGGAAGCAGCAGGAAGUGAAAAAUCUGAGGGAGAUCUCGCUCUGGAAUAGAACUUAUGAUUAUACAGUUCGCCUCUUAGUAAGAUCGUUGUUCACUAUAUAUAGUAGAAUCAGCCAUGUGUUUGGAAUUAAUCGAACAGCAUGCUCUGGGCAAUCAAAAGCUCUGAGUUCUGACUAUAUUUACCAAAGCCAGUCAGUUUCUGCAUUGCUGCAGUCUUCUGUUCAUCCAUCUGAGGAUAGUACUCUUCCUAGAUUUUCUUCUGGCCCCCUUGGUAAGUUCACUGCAAAUUCUGGCCUACUUUCAAAAUCGAACAAAAAUAAUUCCUAUUCAGGUCCUCUUGGUGGCUCAAUCACAAAGUCAGGCCCUAUUUCUGGAAAGAACAGGAACGUGAACUUUUUCUCAGGUCCUCUUGGGGGGGCAACGACUAAGUCGGGCCCAAUUUCUGGAAUAGCUAAAGCUGGCAAGAAGUUUUGGCGAACGCCUCAAUCACCUGCCUUUCUGGGAAGGAAACCGCCUUCAAAGCCAAAUCGGCUGACUCAAGUGGGACCUUUUAAAGGAUGCAUGGUAGCUUCAAAUACUUCUCCUGUCGCCAAUUGCUACUUAAUUUCAUCUGAUGUUCAUUCGAGAACCCUCAACGGAGCCAAGGAAAGUAAUGCUGACCAUCUUCCUCCUGGAAGUGCAAGUCGAACCGGUCCAUCAAUCUUCAGUUCACAGCAAAAGUUGUUGCAAGCUCUCCCCGAAACCCUUGGUGGUGCUGCUUUAGCAUUGCACUAUGCUAAUGUUAUUGUCGUGAUCGAGAAGCUAGCUGCAUCUCCUCACUUGAUUGGCCAUGAUGCGAGAGAUGACCUGUACAAUAUGUUGCCUGCAAGCGUGAGAACUGCUCUGAGGGAAAGGCUAAAGCCAUACUCCAAGAGCUUAUGUUCAUCAGUUUAUGAUACUGUGCUUGCAGGAGAGUGGACUGAGGCAAUGGCAUCAAUAUUAGAAUGGUUGGCCCCACUUGCUCAUAAUAUGAUAAGAUGGCAAUCGGAGCGAAGUUACGAGCAACAAACCUUUGUUUCUAGGACAAACGUGCUUCUGGUACAGACCCUUUACUUUGCCAAUCAAGAAAAGACAGAAGCAGCAAUAACUGAGCUUCUGGUUGGUCUGAAUUACAUUUGGAGGUUUGGGCGAGGACUCAAUGUGCAAGCCUUGCAGGAGGAUGCUAGCAGUAUAAUGUUUGAUGAAUACUUGGAGGUGGAGAAGUGACUUUUUCUUCCAGGCCGUGGCAAUCACCCGUGCAAUCCAGUUACCUCAUGUUUGACAGGAUUUGACGUGAUCCCGGCAGGUCCCUGGGGCAUUUUAGUAACAUCAUUUGCUUUCUUUCUGCUGACGACAUUAACGUCGUGCAUUCUCCCUGGGCAUCCCAAAUGCCUGGACAUCCUAAAUGCCGAAAUUGUAUGGUUAGUGAGUUGAAGGUAAUAGGUAGUUUGAGCUUGAAUAUACUAGUUCUAUUCUUUCUUUUGUGAAUGGAGGUUUUCAUCUGUUAGCCAUUGAAAAUGGUGGUUCAUCUAUUUUCGCCCUCGUAGAGCUAGUUCAGCCUUACUAAUCAGGCUGCUAUUGAAUGAUUUGUAAUGUGUGUAUACUUGUCGGCAGUACCUACCUUUAUUAAUUGUAAAUUUAUCACGCAAGGUUUUGGAUCGUAAAUGGAUUGAUGGUUGAGCAUAUUUUUCG